AUGCAAUUAAUGCAAUUAGCCAUUCUGGACUUUGAAGCCGCUUUCGACUCUCCUCAUCGAGGCCGUCUUCUCAACGCGCUCCGCGCCGAUGUAGUACCAGGAAAGUUCGUUCGCUUGCUUGAUGACAUGAAUCAACGAACAACUGCUGCAGUUCGAAUACCAACCGAAUGUACAACACCGUUAGAGGUGGUAACUGGAGUAAGACAAGGAGCAAUGGCAGGACUCUUCCUGUUCAAUUUCGCCAUCGACGCCAUUAUGCGAAGAACAGUAGAUCAGUGUCCUGCCGAUAUCAUUCUAGCACCAUCAGUACGCCCUUUGACCGAUCUCGAGUACGCUGACGAUGUUGUUAUAUUCGUGGAAAGCAGUAUGAAACUUUAG